GAGGGCGGGAGCCGCCGUGUGGCCUCGCGACUGCGCGCUGGGCCCCCGGUGCGACGGGACUGUGGAGGCGUUUUCAUCGGAAAUAUGUGCACGUCCGUGGAUUUUGUCGUGGACAUUUCCACAGCCAAGCACACGGGCUGUUCGUUCCCUGACCUUUCCGGGCUCCAGCUCAGCGUCUCCCUUCUCCUCUCACACCGGCAGGCCUCCUCUGGCUCAGAUUGCUUGUGUCUGCUGUUCUCCUUUGACAAGGAAACCGUGACUGAGCCCCCCCACCCAGUGCCAGCCCCUGCCCACCCUGCGACUGGCUCGCCCGCGUCUUCCCGCUUGGGCUGGGCCUGCCCCGACUCCGACUCCGGCGUUGGGCACUGUCAGGCAGUGGCGGAUGCUCCACCCAGGACCCAGUCAAGAUCCCACCGCUGGGCCCUCCGGCUCCAGCGUGGGCACCCAGCGGAUGCCCAGUUGUCUUCCGCGGCAAGGUGGCUCCUAGGAAGGGUCUUCGGGCGCCCGGGCGGCAGGCACCUGUGCCCAGGAGCCCAGAUGAGCCCCGGCAGCCCGUUUGCAGAAACGGACGCUUGCAGGUACACCGGCCAGCAAGGCCUCCCUCGUCACACCGCUGGCCCUCCUCUCCCACACGGCCAGGCGUCUGGCCCACCCUAUGCCUCGCCAGCUGGACAUCGCUCAGGACAGCCUCCGGGCGCGGGCGGCGCCGCCCUUGUCACUUUCACUCUGUUGGCACCAGAUUUAACGAGUGGUCGUCGUCAGCUCGAAGACGGCAACUCAGGAAGGCCGCUGGAGUGAGCACGAGGCAGUAGGGGCGGUGGCGGCUGUGGCAGAAUGUGGUCGCCAGGGGCUGCAGUUCGGAGCCGACAGCGCCGCUCUGACCGGCCCGCGGCACUCUGACGCAGGCCAGCUCGGCUUUGGAGCAGGGCCUCCGGCCUUAGUGCUGCUGCGGCGUUGCCUCUCGGAGACAGGGCCUGGCAGCCGCCGGGUCACGUCGCCCGCUCCUCCCAGCCGCAGGGCAUCUGCCUGCUCACCACAGGUCUACAUUCAGCACACAAGAAGCGGAAAGUGACGCGAACCGCCCGGUCAGAGCACAAGGCGGAAAGAACGGACUUCCGAUGCCCGUCCUCGCCGCCGGAGGUCUCCAGCCCUUUAUGCCCUGUCCCUGGGCGACCGCCGGCGCCUGUCACAAUGCUCAGAGCGGCUCCUGCCUCCCGGCCUCUGUGACAUCACCAAUGGCCCGGCCCCAGCGCCCCGUCUCCAGGGGCCCAGGCAAACAGACACACCAUGAGCAGCCUUCUCCCCGACCUGCGCUCGCCAUGCUGACGCGGAAAUGGCUCCUGUUCCUGCCUCUCUGCCUCUCCUGCGGCUGCGCCUUCAUGUUCUCUUCUCUGAGAGAGAAGGCCCAAGACCCCCAGGGGAAGGUGCCUUGCGGGGGGCACUUUCGGGUCCGGCAGAAUCUGCCGGAGCACGCCCAGGGCUGGCUGGGGAGCAAGUGGCUCUGGCUUUUUUUUAUCGUUGUGCUGUACGUGAUACUGAAGUUUCGAGGAGAUAGUGAGAAGACUAAGGAGCAGACUCUUCCUGGCCUUCGAGGCUGCACGUUUCGCUCUCCAGUAAAGAAAAAUCAAAACGCUCCCCCCAACAAAGACUAUGCGUUCAACACCUUAACCCAGCUCGAGAUGGACCUGGUGAAAUUUGUGUCCAAGGUGCGGAAUCUGAAAGUCGCCAUGGCGGCCAGCGGCCCCCUGCGGCUGCAGCACCAGGGGGGGCCCACAGACCCUCACGGCAACAUCACCAUAUAUGAGAUCUGGGGCGAAGAGGACUCCGAGUGAAUGUGCAGUGUGUGGCGGUACAGAGAAGGCGUUGAGUGUUGACAAGCCAUAGGCAAACUAAUAAAACUAUUCUGAAG